AUGGGGGUGAACGUGUUAUUGCUCUUCCAAGCACUCGCUGCUCUUGCAGCUUUCUACAUCGCCAAAUUCGUCAUACGGCUAUUCCAAGUCAGGUCAAGAGUUCGAGCCGUCUCAAAAGAACAUGGAAUAGAGAUUCUUCCACACUCUUUUAUCUUUGGCCACCUUUUGCUAGUGGGCUCCCUGAUGGAAAAGCAGGCUCCAGGACUAAAUGGCCAAGUGCUGCCUCUGCUCUUAUUGAGGAAAUACCCGGACCUCUGCAAUAAGGGGCUUGUCUACAUAGACACCUGGCCCGUCAGCCCACCCAUGAUCGCCGUCUUUCAUCCAAAAAUAGCAGAUCAGUUCACACAGGACCGUUCGCUGCCCAAGCACUCGAUGAUGAGAGAGGAAUUCCAUCCUCUGACGGGAUGCGAUGAUCUCGUCAACAUGGAAGGCCAGACAUGGAAGACGUGGCGGGCUGUAUUUAACCCGGGGUUCUCGGCUCGUAAUAUUCUCUCGCUGGUACCUGCCAUGGUUGAAGAAGCGUUGGUUCUCAAGAAGUCCUUUGAGAACCUAGCUGAUUCUGGGGCAACUGUUGCCCUAGAAGACGGCGUCAUGAAGGCUACAGUAGACGUCAUUGGUAGGGCGGUUUUGGGUACACGCCUCAAUGCGCAAACAACAGACUCCCCCGUCUUUACGGCUCUGCAGAAGCAAAUUGGCCUGCUGAUCCCGGACCAUGGGCCACCGAACCUGCUCAAGUCUAUUCAUCCCUUCAGGCCGUUUCGAAUACUUUACUACAACUACAUCAUGAAGCGCGAGAUUGUGCCUCACAUCGAGCGACAGCUACAAGAGAACAUUUCCGAACAACAUGGCAACAACGGUCCCCAGACGGUCAACAGUCUGGCGAUGAGCUCGUAUGUCAAAGAAGUCUCCGCAGCUGGCUCUAAAAGCCAAUGGAAGCUCGACUCACAAUUUGUCGAAAUUGCCGUCUCUCAGCUCAAGAUGUUCCUGCUUGCGGGCCAUGAUACCACAGCCAGCGCUUUGUGUUUUGCAUGGUAUCUCAUGAGAAAGUAUCCGGCCAUUCUUGAAAAAGUGCGGUCUGAGCAUGAUGAGGUCUUUGGAACCGAUGCAAGUGCUGCAGCAUCCCGCAUCGUCGAGAAUCCAGCUCUGCUGAACAGACUCCCCUACACCACCGCCGUGCUGAAAGAGACGCUCCGCCUUUAUCCACCAGUCGGGACCGUUCGACAGGGCGCUCAUGACCUGUUUCUUACCGAACCUGAAAAAGGCGAGCGGUUUCCCACUGAUGGGUUCAUGCUGUUUGUCCCAUCGCAGGCGAUGCACCGAUGGGAAUCUCUGUGGCCCCAACCAGAUAAAGUCAUCCCCGAGAGAUGGCUCGUCAAAGAGGGCGACCCUCUGCACCCAGUGAAAAGCGCAUUCCGUCCCUUUGAACUUGGACCGAGGAACUGCAUCGGUCAGGAGCUGGCCAUGAUUGAAAUGCGACUCAUCUUGGCUUUGACAGUGAGAGAGCUCGAAGUUGUGCCACAAUUUGCCGAGGACGCACCCGAGGUGUUCGGGGAGAAAGGGUACCAGUGGAUGACGGGAACACAGAUCACUGCGCACCCCAAAGAGGGGAUGCCAGCUAAGAUCAUCAGAAGAUGA